AUGGUGGUCAAGGUCCUACGUGAUGUUGAUCCCAAUCGAAAAUGCAUGCGGAUGAUUGACAAUGUGUUGAUCGAACGGCAAGUGAAGGACAUUCUCCCCGCUCUUGAAUUGAACAUACAAAAAAUGUCCGAGUGCAUUGAGACAUUGACUAAACAGUUUGAAGAGAAGGGCCGAGAAUUGCAGCGGUACAAAAUGGAGCACAAGAUCCGUAUAGCCGGUGAACGGGAUACCGGUGAAGUAGAGAAGAAAGAUGCCACCUCCUCCGGUGUUCUCGUCUCUUGACCACCACCCUCGCAUCUACACUUCAAUCGCAGUUCUGUCACUAUACAUAUGCACUUCAUGGGUUGGAACGAGUUACUACCCAGAGAUUGUAUUAAAGCC